AUGAAUGACACUACGGAUACCCGCAAUCGACAAUUGGAAAACGAAGAGGAUGCCUCUUUGGCAAAAACUGACUUCUCAGAAAACCCAGUUCUAAACAACAAAGUACCAAGUCUUUUCAAAUUAGCCGCCGAAUGGCAAAUUAAUAAUCCGCAGGAAAGUUUCCAAACCCAUGUGCUGGAAAAUGAAGUGCUAAAGAGGAUCACUGAAAUUACCGGUUUAAUUAAAGAAUCUUACAAAGACCUCUCCAACCAAGAUGGAAUGAUGUCCAAGGAAUUACAAGAAAAAAUGGAUUGGGACUUGUUUUGUACUGUCCCUGUGAACAUUAUCGAGCAGUAUACGAAAGAUAUGGACGAGAUUUUCGAAAAAAUGGAAAAGCUAUCGAAACAACAACGUCUAUGGUGCGAAUCUGCCUUCCAAAUAGAUGUGGAAAGAUGCGGUGACUCUAUUCUCAAUGCUGAAACUUGGAUGAAAAAGAAAGAACGCCAUCUGGAGUACAAACAUGUUGAAAUGGAAAGAUCUGCAAAUGAAAUCAAGGAAACCAUUCAAAGGUUAACAGAUGAUAAAUAA